UGUGUGUGUGUGUGUGUGUGUGUGUGUGCCCGCUCGCGUGUGUGUUUGUGUUUGCAUAUUACAGGUGCUUGGGAACCCGCGCCCCAGAACAACACAGAGGGACCGGGUCUGGGUCUCCUCCCACACUGCGGCCCAGAAAAACUGGUGGAAGUUGGCUUCGUUUUGCGGCUUCCCAGGCUUGGUUCCAGUGGUGCCUCUGCGCCCGCACCUCCUCCCUUAGCAACCGGCAGUAGCUGUGGAGACGCCCGGCCGCUCAGGGCUCCUGCAGCCAAAGCCACCGCAGCGCGCACCCGGGCCGGGCAGCACCUGCCGGGGUCCAGCAAGAUCCUGCAAAAAUGAGCCUUUCUCACCCCGCUGGAUUACUAGCAGCAUAUAAUAGCCUGACCGAUAGACACCUGGCUGGAUAUUUUAACAAUACCAGGAUAAGGAGGCAUCUCCUAAGAGCAGGGCUGAUCACAAGAAGUGGCAGAAUACUCUCUGAGAAAGAAUACAAACUAAAUAUAAUGAAGCGGGAUCAUCAAAAAUAUAUUCGAGAGUGCUUAGCCCAGGCUAUUUUCCAUAAAGUUCUUGAUAUGGAGCGUUACCAUCAGCUUGAAAUAAAAAGGAAACUGGAAACUUUAGCUAGGAAGGAACGGAUUCAGAGAUUUAAGGGGGAGCACACAAGACACUCUGUUCAAAAUAACAUGCCAAUCCUGUCUCCUCAUCCUCCGGCUGGCCCAAAGAUGCACCGUGGUCCUAGUAUUCUGGUUAAUGAAGGACAUUCUGGUCCAUUAACACUGACAGCCCCUCGCCCAUGUACCGCCCCAGGAAAUAUGCAGCCUCCAAUUCGAUUACAGCCUCUUCCCAGUAACCCUGCAGUGGCUACUGUUUCAAAGCCUACCUUGGGCUCCAGAUCAAAAUCUUCAUUGCUCCGAAAGGAAGCUCCUUUUCCCAUUGAGGGCAAGAAGGCAAUGAAGAAGUUCAGGAACUCCACAGAGAAAUCCCAGAGAUUGAAUCCAUAUCAACUUCCGAACAUGAACAGCUGUCUGAUACCUUUUCCUCCGCCAACGCCUCCCCCAAAUAGAAAGGUCCAACGCGAAAGCAAGUCUGAGACGUGGAAAGGGAGGAGAUUUCGUCCAACCACUGCUACAAACGGCUUAGAACCUCUCUUUACCAGGGAUUCAGGAAGAAUUUACAAAACAUCACUGCACAGUAAUGCAGCUAUUACAAUGAUCUAUUUGGGGAAAAAUGUGCACCUAUCUUAUGAUGAUCCAUAUUUUCGAGAUGAAAUCAAAGUUUAUCAGCAGCACUGUGGUGGAGAAAACCUGUGUGUGUACAAAGGCAAACUGCUUGAAAAAGAGACCUUUCAGUUCAUUUCCAAAAGACACUAUGGCUUCCCCUUCAGCCUCACCUUUUUUGUGAAUGGCAUGCAGGUGAACAGGUUGAGCUCCUGCUGUGAAUACAAGCAUCGGAAAGGCUCCAGGCUUGGAGGUAGACGGAGUUACUUUGGGUUUGUGAGCGUGGAGAAAGCCUCUCCUUGCUACAAGUGUAUUAUUGCAAUGGGCCUGGACAAAAAACCAUCUCUACUGAAGCCUAGGAAAGAUAAGAGCUCUGAGGACAGAAUGAAUCUGAGAAAUGGGGAACAGAGCCUGGGGGGGCCUGUAGUGAACUGGAUGCCAAGAAGAACUGAGACCGAGCAGAAUAAAACCUCUGUCUCUGCCAGUUUCUCAGUGGAAGACAUAAAACCAGAGGUCAAAGAAGUGAGAACUGCUGUGGAAGAAAUGGAAUGCAAAAGAAAAUCAGGACAGGAUGUUUGGGAAGACAGCCAGGGUGAUACCUUUAAAUAUGAGUAUGAAGAAGAUUUUGAAGUAGAUGACGAGAAACAAGAUGAGAAAGCUAAUGAAGAAGGACAGGCUGAUGAUCAAAUGAAUGGAAUAUCAAAGUCACCCUCAGAGGAUGAAAAAGAUAAUUUAGGCCCUGAAGAAGAGAGCGCAAUCUCGCCACAGAAGGCACCGGAUGCUGAUGACAGUGAGAAAGAUGAGGAUGAUGGAUGCUCUGAAAGUGAAUUGGAUGAGGACAAGCAAGAUACUAGAAGUAUUUCAUCAACUUCAUCUAGAAGUUUCCCAUGUUCUAGUGACAGUGAGGAUGACUCUGCAGAACUGGGCAGGGAAGCCCAUGCUGAGCACAGCAUGGAGGAAGAUGCCCGAAGCUCAUCUUCUCGGGAGCUGAGUGAAGAUGACGAACCAAGAAAAUCCCACCUCCGAACCAAAGAAUUCUUUGAAACUGAACUGGAAGACCAAGAAAUAAGAAAAGCAGAUGUGGAGACCAUACCCCUGCCAACAGAGGAAAGCUGCGGGAACAUUCUAAAAGGAGAAAUGGAGAGAGGAACCCAGGGCAUGACAGAGCACUCAUCUGAGAAGUCCAGGAAAAAUGCUUGUGAGGAGGAAAAGGAAAAGGCUCAGGGCCAGCUUUGGCGAGGAAGCCCUGCCAAGGCGGAGGCCAGGAGGGCAGGUGUCCUUGGGGUGGAGAAAGGCGCAUCAAUUAGGAACUUAGUGAUGGAGGAAAGGGCAGUGCUCAACUCAAACAAGGAAUCCAAGCAAAUUACACAAGAAGCACAUGCUCUGGAGAAAGCAGAAACAGAAGCUGAUACAGGUUCCCAAUACCAGGAUGCUGACCUAAUGGAAGAUGAAAAGGUUGCAGUCCAUCAGGAGAAAGCAGGGGCUAAUGAAUUUCCCUGGGGGGAGUGGAAGCCAACAGCAGAGCAGCCAGUAUCAGCUGAACAAUUACUGGUGGCAAGAGAGAUCCCUGUGGACCUGGCAAGUGAGGCAGAGACAGAUGCGGGAGAGGAUGGAAGGCUGAGGAGAGAGGAGUUAGAUCACACAGGAAAAGCAGAAGCGAGAGACUCUGCAAGUCUGAGUGGAGAGGGCACUGCUGAAGAUCAGGUGCUGAGGCAGACAGAAAAUGAAGCUUCUCCCACAGAGGAGCAGGGCUCAGAGAAGACAGUGCUUCCAGACAGCACAGUACAGAGCUCCCAGCAUCCUCAGGAGGAAGUGAUCUUGAGAGAGUCAGGGAUUCCUGAGAUGGGAGAGGCUGACAAAGAGGUGGCUGUGAGCAAGACUGAACUCGAAAGGCCAGAUGUGGAUGGAAGUGUAGAGAAAACACCCACAGAGCUGGAGGACAUGGCCCCUGUGGAAGACACAGAAUCCUUGAAAGAGGAUGAGGCAGAACAGGAAACACUGGGGAAAGUGGAGUCAGACAAAGAGGGGAGGAAAGUUCUGGAAGCAGAAACACCCUUAAGCUUCUCAACAGAAGAGGCCGAGAUGGAGGCAGGUCCCAUGCGGGCUUCCGACGGCAGCUCUGUGGAUCUUCCCAAGGAAACCAUCAAGAGGGAGGAGACAGUGACUGAGCUGGUACCUAAUAGGGAAGAUGACAAGGAAGAUGUGUUACCUGAGCAAUUAGGUGUAGCAAAAGACAGGAGGAAAGGUGAGAGGCCCACAGCAUCACUGAGGGAAACUGAGUCUGAGAAAAAGGUGGUGACGUGGGCAGACGCACAGAAGGAUGAAGACACAUUAAAGGAAGAGCAAAAACUUAAAGAGGAAAAGAGGGAAACAAUGAAGGACACAAGAUCCGAGGAGCUGGCAAAUGCACUCAGAAACGAAAAGGAAUCUGAUGCUGAAGAUGUAGAACCCACAGAGGCAACUGAAUCAAAUGAAGGUACAGAGCUUCUGGAAGAUGCUCCUGCAGGAAAAGUGGUUAGUUUGUUGGACGCAACAACUGAAUUUGAAAAGACACCUGGAAAAGAAACAGUGCUGAAGGAAGAAGAAGGAGAAGAAGGACUGAGGGAAGCCAGAGACACAGAGCAGCAAGGCCAGGAGCCCGUGGCUCCUUCCAAGCAGGGGGAAGGGGCUGGCUAUAGAGGACAGGGGACAUCAGAGGGCCCUGGCAAUGAGUCCCUGGAUGAGAGGAAGGUCCCUGAGCGGAUCAUCCCAGACAUAGGAUGGGCUGAGGAGUGCACAGCCUUGGAUCAUGGUGGCCUUGCUGGACUGGCCAGAGGGGAUGAGGAAGGGUCUCAGCAGGGGCCAGAAGGAACACAGGCCAUGGUGGUGACCCACGAGCUGGUGCCGGAGGGAGGUGGCAGGAUGGCAAAAAAGUUCAAUGUGGAAGCAGAGGGGGAGGACUUUGAGGAGGAUGGAGAUCGGAAGUCCUGGCUGGAGACAGGAGAGAUAGAGGACUGCAGCCCAGAGAGGAAUGAGGCCACAGGAGAAAGAACAGUGAAUGCUGAGGAGCAAAAGAGAGAGGCAGGGACAGCUGUAGGGAGGAAGGAGGUGAUGGCAGAUCUGAAGACAGCCGAGGGGAAAACAGUAGCAAAUACAGCUACCUCCUCUUCAGAUGCUGCUGAGGAGGAAACCAGGCUCAAGGGGAGUGAGGGGCUAGGGGAAACAGCAGCUGAGGAGACUGUGGUGGCAGAGGAGACCACAUUGAGCAGGCAGGAAGUGACAGUGGCCUCCACAGAAAAGGCUGGGGCUAGAGUGCUUCCAGAACCUUCCAAGGGGGCAAGGGAGACCAGGAGACUAGAACAGGACAGAGAGGGAGGAGAAGCAGAGGCCACUCAACGUGCAAGGUCAGCACAAGCCAUGGCAGGGCCAGGAGGUGGUGACCCUGGGCAGGUGACAGGGGUAUCUGAAGAGUCAUCACAAGACAGAGCGUCAGAGCCCAGCAGGGGGAGUCCGGAGGUGGUGGCCUUGCUUCCUGUGAAGUCUGAUUUGUCUGGAACCCGAGAGAAGCAAGAGCAUAUGGUGCAAAGACAUGGUGACAGUGCAGAUGCUCCCUGAACAGCAGGAGGGACUAAGAGAUUCCGUAGCAGAUGGAUAUUUUACAAGUGUUUUCCGGAAGACAUAAAGCCUGGAGAAAUUUCUACCCAAGGAUCUCAGUAGGAUGUUAGAUUUUAUCUUCUUCUUCUUUUGAAAGUCACUAUGCUGAUCUCAGAUGGUUUCCCUUGAUGAAUGUAUUUACUACAUAUCACAAAAUAUGCAGUAAUAAAAAACUGAGAAAAAAUAAAUUUAAAAUGAAAAAGGAUCAAGAUACAAUAUGCAUAUGAACCAGUUCCCCAAGAUGAAUAUAAUUACUAUACAUCUUAGCUUUACUAAUAAAACUUAUGAAUUGAAAAAUAAAAUAGAGAUUGCUCAAACCUCUAGGUCCUUUCAGAAAAGGACUGCAUUGCAUGCAUAUUUACUUAAACAUGAAAAUAUUCAUUCUAUGUAUUCCAGAGCAGUAAUUUACCAUGGAAACCUUAUUUCAAAAUGCCCUUUGUUUUGUAUGUGUUUCUAUCUCAGGUAGACUAGUGAAAGAACCACAUACAGUGCUUUGUCCCUGGGAGCCUUAUUUAUGGGGCAAGUCAUAUUAAAUCGAAGUAGUAAAUAAUUUAAAUAAGUGGAAUAAAUGUAAUAAUUACACUUGGUAGUUGUAGCCCCUAGCCACACAUGCCAACACCCCAGAGACUCUAGUUGAUGUCACUGAGUGGAAAAGAAACUUGGGUGAGUAUGCAGCUCAGCUGCCUAAAUUCAGUUAUUUCAAACUUGUGAGCGAACCCUGUAGUCCAUAAUAAAUCAACAGCCACACUGCUUUCUAAAUUACCCCUGGUAUUAGUUUUUAGAUGAGCAUCAGAGUGGCUCUAGGGCUUUUGAUUUCCUUGAAGUUCUCUACAUAACUGUGACCCACAGGGCAUAUCUUUACUCCAAAGAGGUAGUGAAAGGAAUUGUUCAGAAGUAGCAGUUCUCCAGCCAGUCUACACUCUCGCCUUUCCUUGGACACUUUCAUAAAUGACUUAACCCUGGACUGCACCCCUGAACUUCAGACUUCAUUAGUUUUAGAUGAAUCCUUUAGAUGGAUCAUUAGUUUUAGAUGAACAAUACGUACAUAUGCACAUAUAUAUAUAUGCAUAUAUAUCUAUAUAUCUCAAAAUAUAUGAGUGCCUAAAUUUUAAAAAAUUGUAUUUCCAUUAAUUCCUCUCGAAAUACUCCCCCUUGCAUCACAAAAAGUUGUUCCAUCAUUCUUACUACUUUUAAAAAAAUCUGUCUCUGCUCUAGAGACAGCUAAGCAUGUCACUAAGCAUGUCUUUCAUUAUGGUUACCAUAUCUGGAGAUCUGAGAAAUAGUUCUUGAUUUGAUUUUUUCUAGAGCCUUGUUCAUUUGCUUUGUUGUUAUUACUUCAGAGAAGCCAAGUGGGUGGCCUUCAGAUUGUUCCUCCUCACCACCCCUGGGUUUGCCUUUGGUGAGCUGGAUGUCUGGGAUUGGGUUUGUUUCAGUUUCUUCUCAUUUUAUACGUAUUUUAGUUUAACUCAUAGAUGAUGCUUGUAAAUUGCCUGUGGAGAGUAGCAUUAUUGCUAGAAUUGAGAACCUUACAGAAAUGACCACUUCUCAGAGCUGUCUUUCAGGUAAACUUAGCUUUGGGGGUUUUGGUUUGUUGCAAGAUCCUACCUCUUUAUUUUAUUGGAGCUGAGAAGUUGCUGCCUACUUCGCCCAGCCCCUGGUUCUUGGAUUGGUUAAAGUAGUACUUUCUGUGUUCCUUAGGCAAUCUCAUUCUGGAUAUACCAGGAAGAACAACUUGGUGAGAAGAGUUAUGUUUCUUGACUAAAGUGGUAUAGUCUGCAAUAACUAUAGAAUCAAACCAGCCAGUGUAGCCCACCAGGUUCUCUGCUCUGAUCCACUGCUCUGUCUCGCCAUGGUAUCUCCAGGGUUUCCAACAGUCUCCAUCUGUCUCGCUACUUAUGGAAGCAGUUCUGGAAGUCUCUUUGCGUUUUUGUGAGGUGCAUUCAAACAUAUGGUGAAUGUGCUGCUGGAGUGCUAUACAGCAGAAAGGCAGGCUUGCAAAGACACUGCCGCUUGUCUUCAUCUAUCUGAUUCAUGGGGUUGGGUUUCACGCAACUUCUGGUUCCCCCAAAAGUCAAAAUGACCAUGAAAGGUUACCAUUUUGAGUCAAUUCAGGACCUCAAGGUGUCUGUGGCAGCCCAACUAAAUACAGUCACGAAAGAAGAUUCUAGAACAGCUUCUGAGAAUCCCAAGAAUGAUGUGAUAAGUAUAUUUGAAGCGACAGGGAGCAUUUUGAGGGGGAUAAAUAUCAAUGUGUCUUUUACUGUAAUACAUUUUAAAUGAAAACAUUAAAUAUUUUUUUGAUUCUUUUGUACACACACACACACACACACACACACACACACACACACAUUUCACUUCAUUCUGCAAAGUAGCCAAAAUUGAGAACCACUUCCAAAGUCUUCAUACAAUCCAUGCUGUCUCUCCUAUAUUCUUAUCUAUUCUCCUAUGUGAGUGAGAGCUAGGCAUCUCAUUGUUACAAGUGUUUUUCAUCUUAAUCAAUGAUGUAGACACUGAAUAUUCAAAAAACACACAGGACUAGGCAUGGACCAGAUGUUGGAGUGGUCAUUUAAUGACGAUUAUCAGUAUCUACCAGAAAUUGUUUCUGGUUUCUUCUUCUCAUACCUGUGAAAUUAGAAACUGGAAGGGUCUAACAGCCUGUGAUUUCACAAGACCUAGCAGUAAUUCUGAUGUAUACCAAAGUCUGGAAGAUGCUCUCAGGGACUAUUGGUGGUACUGAGGAUUAGUCAAAUGAAUUGUUGAAGAAUUGUGAAUUUUAUUUUCCUCUCUUUGUCUUCUCUCUUUUUUCUGUAUCUCUUUUCUCUUUCUUAAUUUCCCUUUUACUGUCUCUAGGAAAUGGUAAUCAUUACAAAACAGACAAUUUAACCAUAUGCUCAUUUAUGUUAUGCUUGUAUUAGAGUGUAUAUGCAAAAGUACCUCCAACCAUUCUGUCUUGAAGUAUUAUUCACUGUACAUCGAGGGUCUCUUUCAUUUGUCUUGUUCUAUAAGUGGAUUAUAUCUACUUAACAUCUAAUUUCAUUUAUUUGGGGGCUGUAUUACUAUGGAGCAUUACAGUAUUUGUUCCUUUGCUUCAAUCCUAAUGUUACAGAGCACUUUGAAAACAUGGCACUUUAAGAGAAAGAUGGUAAACUUGUUAAUCACAUUAAAAAGUGAUUUUCAUACAGUGUGCUAAAUGAAAAUUGCAUUGAAUUAUUUUUAUAUUUAACGCAUUUCAUCAAAAAGUCUUGUAACAUCAUCCAACAAUCUGCAUGUGGGUUUAACUGUGAAAUUCAGUGUUUGAUGUUUUGAUUUUUUCUCUACAAAUACUAUGCCUAUAAAAUUGCUAGUAUGAUCAGCCAAGCUGUUUUUUCUAUUUUCUUCAUUAUUAAAUUAAUAAAUAAAUAAUUUGUUUACAGA